GAUCGGAUUAGAUCUAUCAGUCCACAGCCGUCCUCCAUGGAAAUGUGUCAAUAAUUUAUAGGAACAGUGCAGUGAAAACGUGAAUAAAAAUGCAUCUUAAAAGUGUAUCCAUUGCUGUUGUAGUGACUGUUACAUUAGUGGUUGGUUCUCAUGGAGCUAUCGAUGGAUCUGAUCCAAACGCAAUUAUCGAUGCUGUUAAAAAUGUGCCAAAUAACACGGAACGAGUUGGAAGGACUUUGCACAAGGAGUGCAACAGUUUGCUGAACUCAAAAUGUUUGAAGAUCCACGCUCUGUCCUUCUUGGAGGACUUAAGCUCUCGCGAUGAGCUGAACCUUCUGCCUGGAUUGAGCAUUGUGAAGGAGAAUCAGACAGCGAACACUCCUAGUCCUGAGGAGAUGGCUGCGGAGUUGUCUCGCCAGUUCCCUGGAAAAUCGGAGGAGAAGCUGAACCGAUUCCUCUUGUACCGUCUCCAAGAUUACUUGGAUGGUCAUUCUCUGAGGUACCGUCUGUUGGACCCUCAGACCACGAAGGAGGCUUUGGAUAUGGCGAAGGGGGAUAAGGAGUCUGUGGGAAGGAAGUCUGGCGGUGGUGGUGGUGGACUUGGAGGUGGCAAGGGAGGCGGCGGUGGCGCUCUCUUGGCUGCAGCUUUGAUGAUGAAAGGUACCCUGGCAGCAGCAGCACUUGGAGCACUGGCCCUUCUUGCCGGCAAAGCUCUGAUGACGGCACUGAUGUCUCUGCUUCUAUCAGCCCUGGUGGGACUCAAGGGUCAUGGCGAACACAAGUCCACCACAUACGAGAUCAUCACCAAGCCUGAAGUCUCCCACCACCACUCCCACAGCCACGAGGAACACCACGAACAUGAACAUGGUCAUCAUGGUGGUUACAGAAGAGCCUAUGACAUGAACUACAACAGUUACAUGCCUUAUGACACCACUACUAGUUAAAGUAUUGAGUUUUGAGAAGAUUAGUUUGAGACGUUUCUGGUUAUGUUUCAUAGGAUUUUGAGUCUUAUUUGAAUUUGGAUUUUGUUUGAGAAUGGUUGUGUUCGUGAUGGUGGUUUAAGGUCAUAAUGGGUUGUAAAUUAAUGUUCUUAUGGAAGGCCUUUUCUAUGGAGGACUGUCUGUGGUAGAAAUUCUUCUGAAAUAUUUUGACCAUCAAACAUGAAUGCAACGAUAGGUGUAGUGACUAUUUAUUUUUUAACUUAAUUUAUUCGAAUGGUUUUAUAAUCAUAAAAUGUAGUGUUAAGGUUAUUUAUUUAUUUAAUCUCUUUAGUUUAAGUCUUCCAUCGUUGUUUUCAAAUUAUUAACUUAUUGCAGCUUCAUCGUUAGGCGUGUUAAAGAUUCUCAUUACCUCUUAUUUAUUUAACUAUUAUUACUAUUAUUUAUUUAUAAUAAUAUGUGUACUAUUACUAUCGUUAUUUCCUCCCACCGUUCAUUAUUUUCUUACUUCUAUUUUAUUUAUUUAUUUAUCUAUCGUCUUUUAUUUCAUUUAUUUCGUUUAUUUUAUUGGUAUCUAUUGCUCAAAUUAUUAUUUUAUUUAUGUAUUCUUUACUUAUUCUAUAUUUAUUUAUAUAUUAUUUAUAUCUUUAUUUAUUGGCUUUGUUAUUACAUUAAUCGAAUGUAUUAUACAAAAUUUAGCAAGCAGUAUAUCUAACUGUGAUAUUUAUUAUGUUUUUCUAUUAAAAUUCUUCUAUUCUACGCUUUUGUUAAAUGCCAAAUAUUAUUUAUUUAUGUAAACAUUUUAUAACUUGAUAUUUUAUAAAUAUGUCGUCAUAUUUAAAACCUCAUUGCUCAUUUAAUUUAUUAAUGCCUAAAAGUUUAAUAAAAACCUGUUCUUUCUAAGAUUCGUAA